CUGAGGGGGGGGGCGAUCCGUUAACCGCAGCGGCCGCUGUACCACUGGUGCUAACAGAGAAGAGGGGGGGAUUGUCGUCGGUAACGACGCGGUAUCGAGGCGGCAAGCCCGCAGUUCUGUGCGGAGAUGCUGAAUAUGUGGAAAGUCAGAGAGCUGGUGGACAAAGCCACCAAUGUGGUGAUGAACUACUCAGAGAUUGAAUCCAAGGUGAGAGAGGCCACCAAUGACGACCCCUGGGGACCCUCCGGUCAACUAAUGGGAGAAAUAGCCAAAUCUACCUUUAUGUAUGAGCAGUUCCCGGAGGUGAUGAACAUGCUGUGGACCAGGAUGCUUAAGGACAACAAGAAAAACUGGAGACGAGUGUACAAGGCUUUACUGCUGCUGGCCCAUCUGAUCAGGAAUGGGUCUGAAAGAGUCGUCACCAGUGCUAGAGAACAUAUCUACGACCUGCGAUCUCUAGAAAACUACCACUUCAUUGAUGAGAAUGGUAAGGAUCAGGGCAUCAAUGUGCGUCAGAAGGUGAAGGAGAUGGUGGAGUUCAUCCAGGACGAUGACAGACUGAGAGAUGAGAGGAAGAAAGCCAAGAAGAACAAAGAUAAAUACAUUGGAGUCUCCUCUGACAGUAUGGGUGGAGGAGGCGGAGGAAUGGGAGGAGGAGGAGAAGGAGGAGGAGGCAACAAAACCUCAAAUGAGUUGGAUCAAAGUAAGUGGGACGAGGACUGGGAUAAGAGCAAAGGAGCUUUCCCCUUUAGUGAGAAGCUCGGCGAGAUCAGUGACAAGAUAGGCAGCACCAUCGACGACACACUCAACAAGUUCAGAAAGAAGGAAAGAGACGACUCGCCCGACAGAAUCAGUGACAACGAGGAGGACCGAGCGUCGAGAAACGGCAGGCAGGAAACCCUCGAGUUUAAAGAUGAGGAGGAAACCGUCACCACAAAGAGCAUCCAAAUCACACAAGCAACAGAAACCACCACCACCACCACGCGGAAACGCAGCGGAGCGGCGGGCAGCAAGGCUUUGGACCUCGGUGCUGCAGCCCACUACACUGGAGACAAGAGCCCCGAGGAGAAGUCGUCAGUCAGGCAGUCUUCCAGUGGCGGCCUAGCCGACCUGCUAGUGAUCGACCCUUUAUCCAAUCAGAGCACUGCAACAGGUGGCAGUUCAGACCUCAUUGGUGGCUUUGCUGACUUCUCCUCUCCUGCAGCCUCUGCUAGCCUUCCAACUUCCACUGCCGUAGCAACAUCCAAUGGAAAUGGAGAAUUCGGGGAUUGGAAUGCUUUCGCGGCCAACACACCCAUUUCGUCCUGCUCUGGCCGGUCCCAUCCUGUGACGGACCUGUUCGGCAGCGUCCGGUCAACCACGACCCCGGCUUCUAAUGCCGCCCCUCCUUCUACGGAGCUAUUUGACCUGAUGGGCGGAGUGAACCAUCAACUAACCAGUCCACAUACCACCCUGAGUGCCUCUCAAAGCAUGACUUUCUCUCUGGGAGGUGCAACGCCAGCUGUUGCAAUGCCAACCAUGCCCCUUUCUCGCUCUCAACAGAGCUUGGGAGGCAUUACCUCCCAGGAGCCCAUAGGACAACAGCAGAAGGUCGGUGUUGGAUGUCCAGGAUCAUUAGGCUCCACCUGGUCCGACCCCUCGGUCAACAUCAGUCUGGACUUCCUAUCAGCAGGCCUCAACCCCACCAAGACACCGCCCACACUCAACAAUAUCAUCCAGCAACAAGGAGUGCCGCCGGUUAACUUGUUGCCCCAGAGCUUCGGGGGACUGAACCUCAGCUCCCCGCCCCACGUUACACCCAACAGACCACCAGCCAAUCCCAUGAUGGCAAGCAGCGCAAUGACGAUGGGCCUUCCCGCUUCCUUGGCAUCGAGUAUGCCCCUUUCAAUGACCACGGGGACCAUGGGGAUGGGGGGAAUUCCUGUAAACCACGGCAUGGUGGGAAUGAACAUGAGCAUGAAUAUGGGCAUGGCCACUCCAGUGAUGAUGGGUGGUAUGGCUGGCAUGGGAGUGCCAGGGGCUGGGCCGGGCCUUGCGCACUCCAUCCCCCCAGCCGUGGUUCCACCCAAACAGGAUUCCUUCGCCAACUUUGGCAGCUUUGGGAAAUGAUGGACUGCAAAUGUGUAUGAGUGCGAGUAUGCAUGUCUGACCUUCGCAGAGUGGGAGCCAGAGAAUUGCUGCAGCCUACCUGAAGACAACCGUGCAUGUUUCUCCCUCCUUUGGAGAGCUGGCACCAGUAGUCCUUCCCCAUCCCAGUCUGUCGACAUGAUCGGAGGGGGAUUUCAACCUACAGCCGCAGGUCAUUACUUUCCUGCUCCUCCUCCUCAUCGGUUUAUAUAUGUGAAUGACCGUAUGUCCUCCUUCAUUACAAAAGCAACACUUCAAAAGUUUCUAUUCUUUACAAGUACAGAGUAUUAAACCGUAGCAUUGACUACAACAAUAAAAAUGGCAUUGCUGCUUAAUUAUUUUAGCCUUAGAUUUAUUUUUAUUAUUUCAACCAAACUCGAUCGUAAAAUUUAAGCAAUUGCAUUAUUGACAGAUGGUGACUGUUUUCCUUUCGGACACUUGUGCGAAUAAGAGUUGCAAGAUGCUGCUUGUUUCUGCAUUCUACAUCUUUUUCCUCCCCUCUAUUCUUUUUAUCAGGCCCUAAAGAGUUCACAGUAUCUCGAUGUACAAGAUGUACAGGACUUUAUUCGAGCAUUGUUUUCUGACUCACACACAUAGAUCUCUUUUGUUUAUUGUACUUUUUCAUACAGAUACUGUACUAAAUAUUCCCAUGAAUCACACUUUUUCGUUCGCUGAAUUUUAAUAAAAUAUUUCUAAGGCUAGGUGAGACUAAAAGGUGAUCGGAGUCUCGGGCGAACUGUGUGCGUGAGAAAAGAAUAAAUGAGUGCGGGACUUUGCGUAUGGCUACAGUUUUCCAGUUUGAUGUGCAAACACAGCUCCGCUGUUUCUGAGGCACUGCACAUGACCAAAUCUUUAUUUUGUUACUCUCAGAGCAAUGGUUUCAUAGUUAGUUCAUUAGUUUGAUAUUUUAUUAGUUUACUUAUUUUGUUUCUGUUCAUAUGGGAGCUAGAGAUAACAUAAUUUAGUUGACGGGAAUCAUGUUUUUUCCAGUAAAGUUUAACUUGAUUUGUAUUUUCUGUACUUAAUUUGAAAUUAAAUUAAAUCAUACAAUUGAAUAUAAUAUCUCUUUUUUUGUAUUACACACUGGGGCUGAUUCCAGUACUUUUUAAACUUCAUAAAAUGUAGUUUGGACAACCUUCGAACCAAGUAAUAAAUUAACAAAAUGUA